AUGAAGAAAUUAACGAUACUUCUUUAUCUUUUGAGUUGUUCUGCGGGAUCAGUCGCUCAAGAUCUUUGGUCUCUACCCGGACCCGAUGCAAAAAAUGGGUUCACUUCUUAUGGACUCUUUGAAAAUAAUUCUUAUCUAGUUCAAGGCUUAUUAGAAGUAGAAGGCGCUCUGGUGGGAUCCUCACGGACAGAUAAAGAUUACAGUCAGAAUGAUCGAGUGACGUUGUUUCUUCGGUCCGAACUAAGGGAUCCUUUGGAUAUGAGGCAAAAUGAAUCUUGUUCUAUCCUUAAUCAUAGAUUUCUCUAUGAAAAAUACGAAUCGAAAUUGGAAGAAGGUAUCAAAGAUGAUACCAAAGAUUUAUAUUUGUUUAUAAAUUCUCCUGGCGGAUGGGUAAUACCCGGAGUAGCUAUUUAUGAUACCAUGCAAUUUGUGCGACCAGAUGUACAUACAAUAUGCAUGGGGUUAGCUGCUUCAAUGGGAUCUUUUAUCCUGGUCGGAGGAGAAAUUGCUAAACGUUAA